AUGCUUCCCUCCCAGCUGAAUAGCCCACCGAAGCGUGCAAGUCUGUUUGCGCGUCCGUCCUCUUCGCAAGGGACACCCUCCCCACAGACGAGACCUAAAUCGGCCAUAAUCACACCAUCUAAUGGACUCGAGUCAGCGAGGGGUCACCUGCGCAAUGCAUCCGUCUCACAGUUGUCCCCUACUUUACCAAUCAGCGGAAAUCGAGGGCGAUCCAAUUCAGCAAGGAAUAAUCCCGGCUCUGGCACAUUUGCUCCAAGCUUCAUCAAGUCCGAAGAGGCACGACGCGGAGCGGAUCAGAUCCGUGGACUCGAAGGAGAGAAUGACUUCUCGGGGAACAAAUAUGUGUGGCUGCGCGAUCCCCAAAAGGCAUUUGUUCGGGGGUUGGUCCUAGAGGAAUUGGACGGAGGACGCCUCUUAGUGCAGAGCGACGAUGGCGAUCAACGGGAAGUGGAUUCAGACCAGGUCGACAAGGUCAAUCCUGCCAAGUUUGACAAGGCAGACGACAUGGCGGAACUUACACAUCUGAAUGAGGCGUCUGUCGUCCAUAACCUGCAUACCAGAUAUCAGUCAGAUUUGAUUUAUACUUAUUCUGGGCUUUUCUUGGUCACCAUUAACCCGUACUGCCCAUUGUCUAUCUACACAAAUGAGUACAUCAAGAUGUACAAGGGACGCGGGAGAGAGGAGACGAGACCCCAUAUUUUUGCUAUGGCAGAUGAAGCUUUCCGAAAUCUUGUCGAGGAGGGCGAGAACCAGAGCAUUCUGGUGACAGGAGAAUCUGGUGCGGGUAAAACAGAGAACACAAAAAAGGUUAUCCAGUACCUCGCUGCUGUUGCCACUACCGAUACUCCUUAUGGACGCUCUGGGGCGAAGCAAAUCACCGGCCUUUCCCAACAGAUUCUACGCGCCAACCCUAUACUCGAAGCCUUCGGUAACGCCCAAACGGUACGAAACCACAACUCGUCCCGGUUCGGGAAAUUCAUUCGCAUCGAGUUCUCUCGGUCUGGUCAAAUUUCCGGAGCUUGGAUCGAUUGGUAUUUGCUCGAAAAGUCAAGAGUCGUGAAGCCUAACUCCAAUGAACGAAAUUAUCAUAUCUUUUACCAGCUUCUCCAGGGUGCGGACCGCCAGAUGCGUGAGAAACUUCUCCUGUCGGAUCUUCAGAUCGAGGACUUCGCCUAUACGAGAGACGGAAACGACUCCAUUGUCGGGGUCUCAGACCAGGAUGAAUGGAACUCGCUGAUUGAAGCAUUCCAUGUGAUGAACUUCAACGAGGAGGACCAAUUGUGUAUCUUGCGGACUAUCGCGGCUGUCCUGCACCUGGGCAAUAUCAGUGUUGCGAAAGCGAGUAUGCGCGCUGAUCAAGCAGCGCUGGCACCCGAGGGGUACGCUAGUGUGGAAAAGGCUUGCUAUCUUCUUGGUAUCGAGACCGAUGAGUUUGUCAAGGGUCUCCUACAUCCGCGGGUGAAGGCCGGCCGCGAAUGGGUGGAAAAGGUUCAAACCCCAGACCAGGUUCGCAUGGCGCUAGAUGCCCUUUCCAAGGGUAUCUAUGAGCGAGGCUUCGGAAAUCUCGUUGCUAGAAUCAACAGCCAGCUCGGUCGCUCGAUGGCCAGUGACGACAACUAUUUCAUUGGAGUCCUCGAUAUCGCUGGAUUUGAAAUUUUCGAAAACAAUAGUUUCGAGCAACUCUGCAUCAACUACACGAAUGAGAAGCUCCAGCAAUUCUUCAACCACCAUAUGUUUGUCCUUGAGCAAGAGGAAUAUGCGCGAGAACAGAUUGAGUGGCAGUUCAUUGACUUUGGGAAGGACCUGCAGCCAACGAUCGACUUAAUCGAGCUGAGCAAUCCGAUUGGUAUAUUCUCCUGUCUUGAUGAAGAUUGCGUGAUGCCCAAGGCCACCGAUAAGUCCUUCACGGAAAAGCUGCAUGGACUUUGGGACCGCAAGACCUCGAAGUACCGUGCAUCACGCCUCAACCAGGGCUUUGUUCUCACCCAUUACGCCGCGGAAGUAGAGUACAACACGAGCGAUUGGCUUGAGAAAAACAAGGAUCCACUCAACGAUAACAUUACACGCCUGCUAGCCGCUUCCAAAGCACCACACGUUGCAGACCUUUUCUCCGACUGUGCUGACCCUGAGGAGGAUGGUGGCAGCAAUCAUCCCAAAAGCCGGGUCAAGAAGGGACUGUUCCGUACUGUUGCCCAAAGGCACAAGGAGCAACUUUCUAGUUUGAUGGCGCAACUCCACUCGACUCACCCUCAUUUCGUGCGUUGUAUCCUACCGAAUCAUAAGAAGCGACCAAAGAUGUUGAACGCUCCGUUGGUAUUGGACCAGUUGCGAUGCAACGGUGUCUUGGAGGGAAUUCGCAUUGCUCGCACAGGAUUCCCGAACCGCUUGCCGUUCGCGGAAUUCAGACAACGUUAUGAGGUUCUUUGCCAUAGCAUGCCAAAGGGAUACUUGGAAGGACAGAGCGCUGCUCGCAUCAUGUUAGAAAAGCUCGGCAUGGAUCGAGCUUGGUACCGGGUCGGUCGCACAAAAGUGUUCUUCAGAGCUGGUGUUCUGGCCGACUUGGAGGAGAAACGAGACGAACUCAUCCGCACUAUCAUGACAAAGUUCCAGUCUCUGGCUCGAGGAUUUGUUCAGCGUCGCAUCUCAAACAAGCGACUGUAUCGGGCUGAAGCGACUCGAAUCAUUCAACAGAACUUCCACGCUUACUUGAACUUGAAGCAGAGUCCUUGGUGGCGCAUGUUCUCGAGAAUGAAACCCCUACUGGGCGAUACCCGGAAUGCGAAAGAAGUGAAAAAGCGUGAUGACAAAAUCCAACAACUCGAAGCAAAGAUGAAGCAGGACCUUGCCGAUCGCCAAAAGCUGGACGAGGAAAGGCGCCGAACAGAGAUCGAGAUCCAAAAUAUCCAGCACACUUUAGAAAGUGAGCGUGCACUUGCAUUGGACAAGGAGGAGAUUUUCAAACGAUUGCAAGACCGAGAAGGGGAACUCGCCGAGAAACUUGCUGGUGCAAUCGCGGACCAAGAGAGUCUCGAGGAGCAACUGGAUGAGUUGGUUGACGCAAAGAGAAAGGUUGACGACCAGCUGCAGCUUCGCAUCACCCAGCUGGAACAGGCGGGAUUGAUCAUCCAGCAGCUUGAAUCGGAGAAGAACAGUCUGCAAUCCAAAAUGGCGGAACUCGAUGUCAAGCUGUCCGACACGGAGAACCAGUUCUCUGCAAAGGACGGUCAGAUCCAGGAAUUGGGCCAAGAGAUCAAGAUGUUGCAAAGCCACCUCAGCUUGAAAGACCGGAAGCUUCAGGACCUCGAAGCUAAACUCUUGAAGACUGACCAGGACCUCGAGGUCAAGCUAUUGAACACUUCUAAAGAACUUGAGAAGUCCAAGAAACAGGUCCGCGAAAUUACUGAAGAGAAUCGGUCUAUUCGUGAUCAAAUUUCAGAGCUUUCGAGUACUUCUACAGGCUAUGAGGAUCUUCUUCGGCGCAAAGAGAGCGAGAUCGCUGUUCUUCGCAAAGACGUUCAGAAACAUGAAGAAGAAAAGAAGAAUAUUGAGUCUGAAAAAUCUUCGCUUAUGUCGCGCCACGACAACAUGCAGUCUCGGCUCCGCGAGGUGCAAGCCGAGAGAGAUGCUAUGCGCUCCGAACAAGCCCAACUUCAGCGAGAAGCUGCGGACCUCAAGAAUCUGCUUGAGAAUAAGAGAACUGAGGAUGCUGAAGCCGGAGAGAGCCGGAAGCUACUGGAGGAGCAGGUCACUGAUCUCAAGGCCCAGCUCUUCCAAGCUCAAACCGACCUUAGCCGGGAACGCCAGUCUCGCGAUGACGUGCGAAUGCUUUCCGAACACAACCUUGCCCAGCUGACGCAGAAAUACGAGGUGCUCAACGAGGCGAAAAUCACCAUCGAGAAGGAGAUGUACAUUCAGCAAGAUAGCUUGCGUCGCGCUACGGAGGCGCGAGUGGCGGCUGAGACAACUCGCAAGGAGCUGCAAAACGAGUUGAUCAAGCUCCGUGAGAGGUUCACGGAGACGGAAACAGCCCGGAUGAAUGCCGAGGCUGAGAUUGAAAGAAAGAUCAUGGGUCAGGCCGAGGAGCGCAUGAGGAGUUCGCGCAAAGACCUUGAGGAAAAAACACGCCAGCUUGAAGAGGUCGAAGCAGAGCGGUCGCAGCUCUCAGCACGAAUUCAACAGCUCACGCACUCGAUCUCGGAAUCAGAGAGCUUCCGCUUGCGCCAUGACCAGCACAAGGAGCGUCUUGAACGAGAGCUCGUUACUCUCAGGGGCAGGUUGACGGCAUCCGAAAACGACAACAGAUCUCUCUUGACCAAGAUUCAGCAAAAGAAUCUCGACAUUGCCCGGUCAAACUCAAAAGCCAGCGAUAGCAAUCGCCUGCGUCUGAACAAUCUUCAGAAAGAGAAGGCCAGGUUGGACGAAGAGUGCAAGAGGUUGAGUCGUCAAGUAGAAGAGUCGCAGGUCAUGAUCUCCUCUUUAGAGAAGCAAAAGGAAAAGCUCUCUUUGAGCCUGGAGGAUUUGAACCACGAGCUUAAUCGCGAACACAAGACCAGCCGUAAUGCUGAGAAGGCUGCUUCCACAGCGAAUCUGCAACUAGCAGAAGCCAACCGCAAGCUUGAGACUGAACGACAACUUCGCAACCAAGCUCAGGCUAACACACGCCAAACCCAGGGUACCCUCGAUAGGGCGAAUAAGGAGAUCGAAGUCUUGCACCGUCAAUUGUUGUUGUUGCACAAAGUCUUCGAGCCCGAAGCUACCGAACCUAUGCAGUCAUGGGAGGCUGUUCAGCCACACCUGUCCAAGCAAGUUGAUCUGGCCCAGGUUCUUGAAACUGUCCAGAACAAGCUCGGGGUCACCGAAGAGAAGUAUGCAAGGGCUGAGAGUCAGCUUGCCGAAAUGCGCCGACGCCAUGCAGAUGAAAUGAAGGAGCUUGACGCCAAAUAUUCGUCUUCCAAGCGCGCGUUGCUUGAGGAGAUCGACCAAAACGAAGUGACCAACAAUCGUACACCUGCGCACCUCAGGAAGAACUCCGAAAAUGCUGUCAAAAGAUUCUCUACCCCUACUACGCCAAACCGACGCUACAAUGUCUUCGAGGCACCAAAUGAUUCCGCGCGGUCUGACCGAACAGUGGAUACCCAAGGCUAUCAAAGGCGCAUGGAUACGGCUGCCGAGCUGGAAGAGCUUCAGAAUAAGCUUCAGAUGACCGAGAUGCAAAACAAGCACCUUCAAAGCCAGCUUGAACGCUCUGCUCCCGGCGCCGAUAUCUGGCAGGAUGACAGUCCUUCAAUUCGUCGCAUGCAACUUCUCGAGCGAGAGAAUGGCCGCCUUCACGACCAACUUGAUGAUUCUUCCAAGAAAGUUUCAUCAUUGGAGCGCAGCAUCCGCUCCGGAGAAUUGUCUCUCCGCGAUGUGCAGGCUAAGUCCCAUGAAGAGCUAUACGACCUUAUCAACUCACAGGAGCAUUCCAGGCGCUCACUUCUCAAGCUCCACAAUGAAACCAUGUCGGAGUUCAGUGACGCCAAGGCCCAUUUCGAAAAGCUGAAACGCGCUAGAGCUGUGUUGGAGGUCGAGCUUCGUGAUGCCCGGUCCGAGAUUCAGGAGCUGCAAGUUGGCCGGGACCAAGACACUGUGAGCCGUAACCAACUUCUUCAAGAAUUCUCCGAUCUGCAAAUUCGCCUCGAUGCUGAGACAUCACGAUCUGCUGAUCUCGAGUCAUCCUUGAUGUUGUACAAGAGUCGAUCCGAUGAGUACUUCAAUAAACUCGAGCAGGCCGAGAUUGCUGUUAUGAAGGCUGCACGCGCUGAACAAUUCGCGAAGUCUCAAGGCCAAGAAGCGGAGGAGACAUGUGCCCAGAUUAUGUCGGAGCGUAAGGAGAUGGAUGCGCUUGUCGAGGACUUGCAGCGUCAAACGCAGUCUCUGGAAGCUAGGAUGGAAGAUCAAGCUGCAGAACUUCAAGCUGCCUUGCAGGCGAAGCAACGUCUUCAGAAUGAGCUCGAAGACUACCGCAAUCAGCGUGCGAUUGAUCUUGAGGACAAGGAGACCUCCAUGGAACAGACCAGACAAAAAUACCAAAGGGAAUUCUCCACUCUCAAUAACGAACUCGAGAUGGAGCGUGAACGUGUGCUCAAUGGCCGUGCAGAGGCUUCCCGUCUCCGCGAAGAAUUGGAGGAUCUUCGCAGCAAAUGGGACAACGAGGUCCUCAACAGCUCAACAUGGGCGAAGGAGAAAGCCCGCAUGGAUGUCGUUUUGCAGGAUGUUACCAACUCUCGUGACGAGGCUGUCAAUGCCCACAACGAUGCUCAGAGCAAGGUUGUCUCACUCUUGUCCCAGGUGCGCACCCUCCGGACCUCGGUUGAGGACGUUCAAGCGGAGCGUGAUCUGCUCCUGAAGGACAAGAAGAUGUUGGAAGGCCGCCUAGCAGAAGCUGGCGAGCGACUUGAGGAUCUUGCCAAGGGCGAAAGCCCCUCUAUGCGUAAUGCCGCUAGUAUGGAUCGUGAACUCCUUGUACUCAAAUCCAGAAUUGCGCAGCAAGAAGAUGUCUCCGCCGCUGCCGUUGGUAAGAUGCGCCGGGCAGAUGCGCUUGCGACUGAGAUGCAGAAGGAGGUCACUGCCGAGCGGGAGGCCAAUGCCCAGCUCUUCAAAGAGAAGGCGGCCCUUGAGAAGCAACUGAAGGAGGCCCAGCUCCGGUGUGUGGAUCUUGAAACCAAGAGUUACUCCUCUGGCAGUCAAGACGUUCGCUUCUUGCACAAGCGAAUUAAGGAGCUGGAAACCCACCUAGAAGAACAGGAGAGCAAGCACAGCUCGGAGCAGCGCUCUCUUCGCAACGUUGAUCGCACUGUCAAGGACCUCCAAUCGCAGAUUGAGAGGCGGGACAAGAUGAACGCUCAACUGAAUGACGAUAUUAACAGGGCUCGUGAUAAGAUUGAACGACUGCUGCAGAACAUCGAGGAGCUGCAACACAACGACUCGGACGCACAGCUGCUGGCUCGCCGUGCCGAACGAGAGCUCCGCGAGGAGCGAGAGAAAGCGCUCCGUUUGGAACGCGAGCUGGAGGGAUGGAAAGCCUUGCGCGUUGAGCGAGGCAGCACCAUUGGGCGCGGCAUAGCCGCUUUCAGUGACAACGGAAGUCGUCGCGGGAGUGGUGUCUACGGAUCUGGUGACAUUCCCCAACGGCAACCCAGUAAUACCAAGGGGUUCUUGUGA